CACUACCAGAUAAUUCCACAAUCAGUAAUUUUUUUCAUACUAUCAUAUAUAAAUGCUCAGAAACUAUCCGAAAAUUGCUAAAUUAAGUACUUUCUGUUCAUAAAUAGCAAGGUUUUGAAAUUUAACACAAGAUGAUCUCCGGAGUUUUCUCUUUCAAAGUCCCUCUUUGUUCAACCUUAAGCUCUGAAUUUAAUUCAAGAAGGCCCGUUAAGUACGAUACUAGACAUGGAAUUCAAAUUCAAUGCUCAAAUUCUAGUCCAGACAUGAAUUUAGCAACUGAGACGAUUCAGAGUGAUGCUUCCAUCAGUGGUGGCGCAUAUGGUUUUGAAAAUGCAACAACUUCGCUUACUCAAAAGUUGUUGUCAUCAUCAAAGAAGGUUACGCUCGUGAGGCAUGGACUUAGCUCUUGGAAUCUAGAAGGUAGAGUUCAGGGAAGCUCAAACUUAUCUAUCUUAACUGACACUGGAGUGAGGCAAGCAGAGAUGUGUAGGCAGGCCUUAGUGAAUAUAGACUUCGAUCGAUGCUUUUCAAGUCCAAUAUCUCGUGCCAAGACCACUGCUGAAGUAAUAUGGCAAGAAAGGGAGGAGCCACUUGUUUUCCUUGAUUCACUGAAGGAGGCUCAUCUUUUUUACCUUGAAGGCAUGAGAAAUGUGGAUGCUAGAGAGAAAUAUCCAAAGGAAUUUACAACAUGGAGAGAAGAUCCUGCUAAUUUCUAUGUAAAUGGCGUCUACCCUGUUCGCGAACUAUGGGAGACAGCUAGAGAAGCUUGGAAGGAAAUUUUGUUGUCACCUGGUCAAAAUUUCUUAGUCAUCACUCACAAGUCAAUUUUGAGGGCACUUAUCUGCACGGCUUUGGGGCUCGAUCCAGAGAGGUUCCGGGCGAUUGAUGUGAAUAACGGUGGGAUAUGUGUAUUUAAUGUUAACAAACAAGGAGAAGCAAUGCUUCAGUCCUUGAAUUUGACUGCUCACAUGUAUACUGAUCAUGUCUAUCUAUACUAAAUGGUGAGAGAUGAAAAUAUUUCUGCUGAUUAGAACAUACACUAGAAAACAGCAACAGAGUACUCAGUGUAGUGAUAUUGUGAUAAUGAGAAGGAGAUUAAAUGCCA